GCGGAUAUGUAAUAGUCUACAUCGAACCUUCUACAAUAUGUGUAACGUCGUCGUAUAACUUUCGCUGUGGUGCUCGCUGGUGCAAAUAGAACCCAUUGGUCAGUAUAACGUUUUCACGGACGUCCAUCUAGUCUUCGAUAGUUUAGAAAUAUUUAUUGUUUUGCGCAAAAAGUACCGGUGAUUUAUAAGUGUAUGCAACUGUAAAAACAAAAACAAAAAUGUCCUUGGGAAGUAUUAGGCUGGUGCUAUUGGCAGUACUUCUAGUAUUUAAAUGCGCGAUGAGUAGUAAAUUUGGCACUACUGGAUUCAAGGACGCUGGUCUCACCAAUACGGACCUGAAAGAAAUUCACAGGCAGAAUCAAAUAACCAAGCAAAUCCUGCAAAAUUUCUUAGAAACUAGUUUAUACGGCAAAAGACUGUCAAAUCCGCCGAGCUUGUUGGAAAUUUUACCCAAUGGAGCUGCAGUGGUGCGAAGAUCGCCAAGUAAUAACAUACAAGAACUUCUGGGGAAUUCUACUGAAAACGAUAACGGCGAGAUUUUAGACAGUGACAGAACUGAAAAUAUUUAUUCUUAUUUUGAAGACUUUGACGAUGAAGACUGUCCUAACUGUAUAGAAGACACUCUACCAACUAUGAAUAGGUGGACAAUGCCACUACUUAAAUUAGGAGAGAAACGAUACUAUUUAGGAAUAUUUUUUAAGGCAAAUUAUUUCCGUGCUACCCAGUACUGCCGAUUUCACGGCAUGCAUUUGGCCAGUAUAAGUUCGCAAGAAGAAAACGAUAAAUUGGAAAAAUACAUCAAAGAUUUUGGAUUUGGUAAUGAACAUUUUUGGACCUCCGGUACCGACUUAGCCGAAGAAGGUAACUUUUUCUGGAUGUCCACUGGCCGACCGAUCACUUUCACCAACUGGAACGCUGGCGAACCAAAUAAUUUCGAAUACGAGAAUGGCGAGCAAGAAAAUUGCCUGGAACUCUGGAACAGAGACGGCAAAGGACUGAAAUGGAACGAUUCGCCUUGUUCGUUCGAAACUUACUUCAUGUGUGAGGUUCAGCCUUAAUUUUUUUAUUUAUGUCCAAAGAUAUAGAACUAGAGCUGUGUGUUUCAACAAGGAAAUUAGUCGGAAAUCAGAUUUUCUUGAAAAUAAGUCAUAUUAGAGGAACAAUUUCAAAUAUGAAUUUAUUAUUUCUUAUAGGUAGGUACUUAUUGAAACAAACAUAAGGUUGCAAUUAAGAAUAUGCCGGAUUCUUCAAAAUGUGUUUUUGUUGUAUAUAGUCAUUAAAAUAUAAAAGUGAGAAUGUGAUUACUUAAUUGUUAAAACAAUUUAUUCAGUACGUUAGCUUUAAUUUUGUUAAUAUUAUAAAUCCUGUACAUAAUACUCGUAUUAAGGUUACCUGAUAGGUUGAUAAUAAUAGGCGAAAGAGAAAGAUUAGUAUUGAUUUACAAAAGCAAUAUCGGGUUACUUCCAUUGUAUGGUGUCUCUUUGUUGUUAACUAAUGUGCAAAUUUUUUUUGUCUAGAUGAAAAUUGUAAACCCUCGUAUCAAAAUUUUUUUUGGAAAAUAAAUAACUUAUAUAGGUAUUUUA